GUUGUCGGAACGGAACUGCAUUGAGAUUGUAAAUAAACUGAUCUCUCAGAAACAGCUAGAAGUGGUUCAUACGCUCGAUGGGAAGGAAUAUAUCACUCCUGCCCAAAUCAGUAAAGAGAUGAGAGAUGAACUACAUGUCCGAGGUGGUCGAGUAAACAUUGUUGACUUACAACAGGUUAUUAAUGUGGACCUGACUCAUAUUGAAAAUAGAAUCAGUGACAUUAUUAAAUCAGAGAAGCAUGUCCAAAUAGUAUUGGGUCAACUGAUAGAUGAGAACUAUCUGGAUCGGUUAUCAGAAGAGGUAAAUGAUAAAUUGCAAGAAAGUGGUCAAGUAACUAUCUCAGAACUGUGUAAAACCUAUGACCUUCCUGGGGAUUUUCUCACACAGGCACUAACUCAGCGACUGGGCCGAACUAUCAAUGGCCAUAUUGACCUUGAUAACAAAGGGGUGAUUUUCACUGAGGCCUUUGUAGCUCGCCAUAAAGCACGCAUCCGUGGGCUCUUCAGCGCUAUUACCAGGCCUACAGCAGUGAAUUCUGUGAUUUCAAAAUACGGAUUUCAGGAGCAGCUUCUUUACUACUGACUGGAAAGCCCUUGGCCAUUAAAGCUGUGUCCCUAUUCUGACCUACGAGGCACUGUAGUUGGUGGGCGACAGGAUAAAGCAGUGUUUGUCCCUGACAUCUACUCCAGGACACAGAGUACUUGGGUGGAUUCCUUUUUCAGGCAGAAUGGCUACCUAGAGUUUGAUGCCUUGUCUAGACUUGGAAUCCCAGAUGCUGUGAACUAUAUAAAGAAAAGGUAUAAGAACACACAACUCUUGUUUUUGAAGGCAGCUUGUGUUGGUCAAGGACUCGUGGACCAGGUGGAAGCAUCAGUAGAGGAAGCCAUCAGCUCGGGGACGUGGGUUGAUAUUUCUCCUCUGCUGCCCAGUUCUUUGUCAGUUGAAGAUGCUGCCAUGCUGCUUCAGCAGGUGAUGAGACCAUUCAGCAAGCAAGCUUCAGCUAUAGUCUUUAAUGACACAGUAGUGGUCAGUGAGAAAUUUAUAAAUGAGUGUACAGUACUGUUCAGUGAACGGAUGCACCAAAAAGCCGAAAAGGAAAUGAAAAAUAAUCCGGUGCAUUUAAUCACUGAAGAAGAUCUGAAACAAGUUUCCAUUUUAGAAAGUGUUAAUACAAAUAAAAAGGACAAAAAAGAUGAGCGCAGGAAGAAAGCAACAGAGGGCACUGGAAGUGUGAGAGGAGGAGGAGGGGGCAAUGCCAGAGAAUACAAAAUUAAAAAAAUCAAGAAGAAAGGAAGAAAAGAUGAUGAGAGUGAUGAGGAAUCUCAGUCAUCUCAUGCUGGAAAGAAGAAGCCAGACAUCAUGUUCAUGUUCCAAGAUGAAAUUGAAGAUUACUUAAAGAAACAUGUGCAAGAUGCGCCUGAGGAGUUUAUUUCCGAACUUGCAGAAUACUUAAUAAAACCUCUUAAUAAAAUGUAUCUUGAGGUGGUACGUUCAGUGUUCAUGUCUUCAACUUCUGCUUCUGGGACUGGCAGAAAGCGUACAAUCAAGGACUUACAAGAAGAGGUUUCAAACCUGUACAACAACAUCAGAUUAUUUGAAAAGGGGAUGAAGUUUUUUGCAGAUGACACACAGACUGCUCUGACCAAGCACCUCCUGAAGACAGUGUGUACUGAUAUCAACCUCAUGUUCAACUUCCUAGCUUCUGAUUUACUGUUGGCUCUGGAGGACCCUGCAGCCAUUACUAGUGAAAUAAGAAAAAAGAUUUUAAGUAAAUUGACAGAAGAAACCAAAGUAGCUCUCACCAAACUCCACAACUCCCUGAAUGAAAAAAGCAUAGAAGACUUCCUUUCUUGUCUGGACUCUGCAACAGAAGCUUGUGACAUUAUGGUGAAAAAGGGAGACAAAAAAAGGGAAAGGCAAAUACUAUUCCAGCAUCGGCAGGCGCUGGCUGAGCAGCUGAAGGUCACAGAAGACCCUGCUCUUGUCCUGCACCUCACGUCAGUCCUGUUAUUUCAGUUCUCCACCCACACUAUGCUGCAUGCUCCCGGAAGAUGUGUACCACAGAUCAUUGCUUUUCUUCACAACAAAAUCCCAGAGGACCAGCAUUCUCUCCUGGUAAAGUACCAAGGUUUGGUUGUAAAGCAGUUAGUCAAUCAAAAUAAGAAGAGUGGACCAAGGGAGGACCUGUCAACUGAUGAGUUAGACAAGGAACAGCAUGACGUCACCAACACUACUCGGAAGGAGCUUCAGGAACUGUCUCUAUCUGUUAAGGAUCUUGUUCUGAAGUCCAGGAAAUCAUCUGUGACAGAGGAGUAAUACCCUUAAUUUGCUUUUAUAGUUGAAGAAGAGUGAUCACAAAGUUAGUCACUCAACACACCCACCCACCCCUGUUAAUCCUCCCUACACAAUUCAAAUAAAAUAGUGGUGUUGCAUUAGAUGCAAAUCUACAGAAAAUUUUACAAGUUGAGUACCCCAUAAAACAUUUUCUUCUUACAUAAUCCUAUGUAUAAUUUUAAUGUAAUAAAAUUUCUUCAAAGAGUUCUGAAUCUAGAACAUAUUACAUGCUUUCAUUUCUAGGAAAGAAAUUGUUUGCUAUUUAAUUUCUAAGUGCCAUUCCUAUAUUUUGGCAUAUAUUUAAAAUAUUGUAUUUUUUUAAAGAAAAAAAUGUCUUUUUUAUGUCUGAAAUAAAAAUGAAUCAGGAGUAUUACUUUUAAAUUAAUACAGAAUGCUUUAAAGCUGGAAAGUUUCAAAUAUAUUUUGUUUUACAGAGGUCUGGCUCUUGCUUUUGAGAGAUAGAAGGCCUCCUGCAUAACUGUUUCUUGGAGGCCUGAGAGGUGGUUUGACAAUGAAGGACACUGGACAAGCAUGUAGUUCCUGGCUCUCAUAAAGCGAGCCCCAGGGAUUAGUGAGGUCAACAGUGCAAGGCAAAAGGUAGAGUGGGGUGGCUAGAAAACAGAGGUGUUCUUUGGAUAACCCAGUAAGUUUCGUUUGAUUUCAGUGACCAUUUAACCCUGACUUCUUUGUUGGAACCUGUAUAACAGGUAGCUAGGCUGUUCUUGCUAAUGAACACAGAGUCUGUAAGUGUGUUUAAAACAUGCACAACUUUUAUUCCAAAAAUAGAAAUUAUAAAAUGUUAUAUUUUUGAUUUCUGCAAUUAUUAGUUAAGACUUACUAAAAUAGUUCAUUGGAACAGUAAUUUAAACCAAGUAAGUUCUAAGCAGGGUCCCCUUACAUUAUUGCAUUAUUCUGAAUGUAAUAAAAUGUUUAAAGAAUGCUGUUUUAUACAAUGCCCUAGGUGACAUUGUACUUCUUAUAUUUUAAAAUGUUUAAAUACAAAAUAAGACUACCUCUUUUCCAAAAUGACAAAGUGUUAAUACUGCAUGGAAGUAAUUAAUUGCUAACUAAGCAUUUUGUUAAAGUUUAGGAUGGAACUUUAUAGAAAACAUUAAGGGGCUGGUGAGACAGCUCAGUGAGUAAGCACUGGCUCUUCCAGGAGACCUGGGUUUGAUUCCCAGUACCACAUGGCUGCUUUGUAACUCCAGUCCCAGGAAAUCCAAUGUCUCUGUGGGUACCAACCACACACAGGGUGCAUAGUCCUACAUGCAGGCAAAAUGCCAUACACAUAAAGGAAAGUAAUAUAAAUGAUUUCAUGUGGGUAAUUUUCUAUUGCAUAUUUUCAUAUAAGCAAAGGGAAAAAAUGGUAAAUUCUGUGACCCCAAAAUCCUUUUAUUUUUUUUAUUUAGCUUCCAAAUUAAUACCAAGAAUUCCAAAUUUUGUUUAAUAACAUUAUUUGUUUCAGACAACACCAAAGUAAUCCAAUCGGUGUUUGCGCCAUACCAGAUGAACUCAUUUUAAUUUAAUUUACAAAAAUAAGGUAAAAAAAUGUAGAGCAUUGUUAACCUUACUUGCAUUUAUUUCAUUUGUCCAAAAAGUUCUUACUUUUUCUUGGUAAAUAAAAGAUGUUUAUUCUAUAAAUAAAAUUAUGUCUAUAAAGACAUAAUUUCUGAUAAGUUCUUAAUGGACGGAAUUAGUAACAUUAUUUAAAAUAAAGUUGUCUGUUCUAUUAAAUUUUCUAUGCUAUUCUGAAAGUACUUAGCAAAUGCAAUCUAUAUAAUGCUUAUAUUUUGAGUUAUUGAUUGUUAAAGGAGGUCAUAUUUUUUAUUACACAAAAAUAAUUCCUUUCUGGUGUUUUUCAUUGUUUGCAAGUUUGCUGUUCUUAUUAGAAAAUCAUUUCUUAGCCAGAUUUCAGCAGUUGUAUAACUAUGUUCUCACAUUUGUUAACUAUUGCCACUAUGAUAGAGAUAUGGGGAAGCGUGCCCAGUUGUAAUGUUUGAUGUGUUCUGUCUGCAGACCAGUGUAGUCAACAGAAACCCAUUUCUGACCAUCUGAAGAUAAAGUGAAUAGUAGCAGGUACCAACAGAAUUGAAGUGUGCUUUGAGCAAAAGCCGUAAUGCUAUAAAACAUGAAUAAAAUGUGGCUAAACCUCUGGGUGGAGCUACCUUGGA